AUGAGAAUGAAUAAUUCUAUUGGAAAACUGUUCUUGACAGUAUCAUUGAUGUUUUACAUCAUCCAGGACAACAAUGCCGAAGGUGGAACUAUUGGUAAGAAGAAUUGCAAGAAGCAAGAUUUGUGGGAAAUGAGAGAUACUAUUACAGGAGAUGUCACUACACUGAAAGAAGAGGUUUCAAACUUGAGAGAAGAGGUUUCAAAGCUGAAAAAAGAAGUUUCUACUUGCGCAAAUAAACCUGACACAAAGUGUGACAGUGCAGAGUUAAGAGAAGAUAUACAGAAAAUACUUGCUACUGUAAUGGUACCAGACUGUAAAAAUCAACAGGAUGGAAGAGUUAAUAUCAGAACUACAGAUAGAAUCUUCCAAACGCAAUGCAUCAACGGUUGGCUUGUUUUUGCUCAGAGGUUUGAUGGGUCGGUUGACUUUUAUAGAAAUUGGGCAGAUUACAAAAAUGGAUUCGGACAAAUUAACGGGGAAUACUUUUUGGGCUUUAAUAACAUAUUAUCAAUUUUGAAGCAGGGGAGUUACAAACUUCGUAUAGAAAUCACUACUUGGCCGGAUCAGGGUAAUGUCACUAAGUAUGCAGAAUAUAGUACGUUUGAUCUGGCGGGAGAGAGUGAGCAAUAUAGGAUCACUGUGUCGGGAUAUUCUGGAACGGCAGGUGAUGGCAUGGCGUACAGCAACAACGCGAAGUUCACUACGAGGGACCAAGAUCGUGAUACAUGGAGUAGUGGUAACUGUGCAACUCGAGAAUUUGGAGCAUGGUGGUAUAAAUUCUGCACAUAUGCUAACCUAUAUGGACCUUACAUGUCUUCAUCACAAUGUGAUGUGAGAGCUAGAUGUAUGUAUUGGUAUAAAUGGCCACAAAGUAUAGGUCAUCCAGAUAAUUUUGGCUACUCAUUUAGAGAAAUAAGGAUGAUGAUAAGAAGGGUUUAA